AUGAACUCCCUCCGCUUCGCCCGCGCGGCUCUCCGAGCUCGCCCUGCCGCCAUCCGAGUUCCCCUCCAGCGAAGGACCUACGCCGAGGCCGUUCCCGACAAGAUCAAGCUGAGCCUUGCUCUCCCUCACCAGGCCAUCUACAAGUCCCAGGAUGUCGUCCAGGUCAACAUCCCCGCCGAGUCGGGUGAGAUGGGUGUCCUCGCCAACCACGUUCCCUCCAUUGAGCAGCUGAAGCCUGGUCUGGUUGAGGUUAUCGAGGAGUCCGGCGGUGCCAAGCAGUUCUUCCUUUCCGGUGGAUUCGCUACCGUCCAGCCCAACUCGGUCCUGAGCAUCAAUGCCGUCGAGGGUUUCCCCCUUGAGGACUUCAGCGCUGAUGCCGUCAGGGCUCAGAUCGCCGAGGCCCAGAAGGUCGCCAGCGGAAGCGGAAGCGAGCAGGACAUCGCCGAGGCCAAGAUCGAGCUUGAGGUUCUCGAGACCCUGGCCGCGCAUGUGAAAUAA